AUGGACGACCCAUUUGUGGCGACCCCUCUGGCCGUUGCCCAGUCGCAGCGAGAGUCGCACCGCUACUCGUCCUUUGACAACCAGCUGCUGACCCUGAACUCGUCUUCACCGUCUCAGCUGAAACGGGCUCUGGAAAUUCACCUCGCUGAAACUGACCGAAGGCUAGAGGAGACGUCCAGGCUUGGCACUGCCCUCAUCCGCCAGCAGCAGGAACUUGCCGACAAGCUAAAGGAGGUCGAGGAGCAGGAAGACGAAGGCGAGAUUGGACCCGAGCUGCGUGAAAAGCUGCUCGCCUUGGAGAGAGACUACAAUGAGAUCGGACGUGAGUCGGCCAGGACGACCUUUGGUGCCAAGCCAAGGCUGCUCGCACCUGAAGAUACGCCCCUAGAUAGUCGGACUCCCUCGAGCCCGGCUUAUCUGUCAAGCCAGGCGACCAAUUCGCCCUCCAAAGUCAGCGUUCCGUCAAGGAGACAGCGCAACCAGCCUGCCAGCCGUAUACACGAUAUUGAAUUUGCUACCGAGAUCAGCACGUCACUUCUGACCCAAGUCCGCCAGCUUCAGGCUCUCCUUGCCGAGCGAGACGAAGCUCUCCGCGAAACGAACCUGGAAAAGUCUAGGCUCGAGCUCGAAGCCGAAGGCUUCUCUCAGCGCAUCAGGUCCCUAGACGAGAGUGAACAGCGGUACAAAGAUGAAAACUGGAGGCUCGAAACACAGUCCCAUGAACUCAUGGCCGCCGCCAAGGAGGCUGCAGCUCGUGAAAAUCGGUUGACCGCCAAUCUAAAUGCCUUGACUUCGAAGAAGAAUAGUGUCCAGCGCGAGCUCGACGAGCUCAAGCAGGCCAACGGAAAGCUGAUUGAAGAACAAUCCGCAGCCCAAAAGGCUCAUGAUUCUGAGCUGCAUAUCCUGCGACGCAACCUCAACACCGGAGAUGCUGAACGUAACAAUCUGCGAAAGAAGGUUGACGAGCUAGUCGGACAGAAUCAAGAGCUGGCAAAGGCUGUAGCCGUCAAACUUCGGCAACAAGAGUCUGAACCGGCUAGGAAUGUUGACGCAGAGUCCAGAAACAACGAUGAUGAUGAGGAUACCCCUGAAAAUUCCCCUCCUCCGUCACCUAACAAGGUCACGCCCCGUCACGGCCACUUGGAAUCCGAAACUCUCAAGAGCUCUCUCCAUCAUGCCCACCGUAUGAUCCAGAACCUCAAGAGCAACAUUCACCGUGAAAAGUCGGAAAAGAUUGAACUAAAGCGCAUGCUACAAGAAGCCCGCGAUGAUCUCGAAGCCCGCAGAAACGAAAUUGCUGCAGCUCAAGGCAGCGCGCAGAAACGUCAAAGAACCAAAGCAGAGAUCUUCAAGAAACCUCCGCGUCCAGAUAUGCUUGGUGCCGGCAGAAGAGGUAUCACCGAAAUUGAACUUGACGAACCCGAUUGGGAAGAUGAAGAGGUCAUGGAACCCAGCCCUACCAAGACUGUACGACCCAGACAGACAUCAAUUGUCUAUACCCGUCCCCGGGCCCGUCCUCGCUCUGGCUACGUGAGCGCUAGCGAUGCAUACCAGACCGCAAACGAAACUGAAGACGGUGGCUUUGAGACUGCGCAUGAAGCCGAGACAGCGACCGAAAGUGAAAAUUUCCAGACAGGCGCUGAAGACAAUGCGGGAGACAGCAGCGACGAGCUCACAGAGACGGAAGACCGCGCAGCUGAACAGGUUGCAUUGACAAACGCAAAGCCGUACAAGCUCCGAACCGCAAAGGCCGGCGACCGCUCCUCAUUCAUGAGCACCGCAUCCACCUCUGCUGACGAGGAUGAUUAUCCUUACAACGAAGUGCAUACGCCUGUGCAAUCUCAUCCUCCGCGCUACCGCCUGAAGAUGCAAAAGGGCCGAAACGCAAGGUCGUCCGAGGAGACGAUCCAGGCCGGCGGAAGCAUGGGCUAUGAGGCCCAGUCUCCCGGCAGCAUGCAUAGUCCUAAACCUAGAGUUGAGGGCGGGCGAAGCCUCUUCGCAGAGCUUGGUGAAGCUGGCAUGGGCAGCGAUGGUGAAUUCGGGAGCCCGCUGCAGCAGACCAACAAAAACCCUGUCUCACCUGACUCUACCCCUAUCCGCAACCUUCGCUUCUUCCAAAAUAAAGAGGCUGACCAGCCACCUCGUGUACCCAUGGUCGAUUCUUCCAUGAUGACCGAGCCCUGGCCUGCUCCAGCUCCUGCAAGCGAAACUGUAGCUACACAGACUCUGCCCCCUCAGACUGCGGAUGCAACAACUUCCACCACGCCCGCAGUCCUCGUCGACAGCUCAACUCAGUCUGUAGAAUCGAAACGCCCAAUUACCCAGACUGAAGCAAUGGUUAUCUUCAACACUCUGCCGUCAGAGCCUGUCAAAUCAGUAGAUAUGGCAACUCAGUGUUCCCCUGUCAAACCUCAGCCCAUGGUGCAGAGUGGUCUGGUAGUCAUCCAUGAUACGCCACCCGCUCAGCCUUCAAGGUCUCCAGCAGUGGACAUGGCAACUCAAUAUGUUCCUGCAAAGCCCCAGCCCAUGGUACAAAGCGAGGCGAUGGUCAUGUUCGAUUCUCCUCCAGUUGCUACGCCUGUCGAGGAGGAUAGAUCCCGCGAUAUUGUCGCACCAAUCCCUGUUCCUGUUCCUUUGUCUUCCUCAUCCCCUGAACCAGAACCUGAACCGACUCCCGAGCCAAUCAAACUGGAAUUGUCACCAAUGCUGUUCGAAGAAACGACCCCUGUCCCGGCACCUGUUGUUGAACAGCCGCGACGAAACUCAAUGCAUCUCGCCUUUUCGAAUGUUACAUUUGAACAAUCCCGUCCCGUCACUCCUCUGCCAGUUCCGGCUGCUGUUCCCGUACCUCCUUUCACUCCUCCAAAAUACAUGGCAUCUUCCAUCCAAACCAUCGACACACCACCAAUUUCUCCUCCCACUCAGCCUGAAAUUGUCAAGCCAUCCAUCCAACUAGAGAUGUCGUCAAUUUAUGCCGAGUCAACUACGCCCAUUGUGCCAGAGAUCACGGAGCCUACCGUUGCCCCACCGGUAAUAGCAGUGGCUGCUGGCUCAGAUGACUUCCAUUCCGUCGGAACAUCCCCAAGAAGGCCGAGAACUGCGGUACAUGAUAGGGAUACAGAUGUUCCUUUGUCCUUGGAAUCAUCUCGUGAAAUGAUGCCGCCACCCAAGUUCGUCACAGAGGACACGAGCGUCACUAACUCCGGACCAGCAUCGCCAUCUUUUGCACCCGUCAGCGUCACAGAGAAUGGAGCUCAGACUAUCUUGACCAGCAAGCAGAUUGAUUCUCUCCUACUAGACAAAUACGUAAUGCCACCACCGAAGACUCCAGAGUCGAGAAUGGCAGCUCCCACAUUCCCAGCCACACCUGAGGAAUCUGCCUUGGCUACCCCUAGAGCCAAGACACAGCCCUCAACAGCUAAUGAUAAUUUCCUACUUCCCAAUGCUGCUGCUAUCAAACGACCUGGGAGUGCAGGAAGCAGACGCAGUGCAGUGGUCCACCCCCCUCUUCCAGCAGACCAUAAACAAGCAAUUGCUGCCGCUACUCAGAGACUAUCAACCGAAAGCCCAACAGCUAGUGCCAUGGGACCUCCAGCAGCUCCUGCUUCUGCCUAUCGAUCAGGAGUUCCAUCAUCUCGACCAAGGACGCCGAACGAACAAGCUACCGGAACUGCCAUUUUACACGGCAGCAAUGGGUCAAAGGCACAAAACAAGCACAGCAGCGCUGCGUCCCGACGAUCUUCGAUUUCAUCUUUCGCCUCUGAACUGGAUGAUCGGUUCAAUCUAUCAAGGUCGGAAUAUGGCUUUGAACCCGGUACGGAUCCUCGCAUGAUCCAGGCCAUAACGCAGACAAUGAUUGGAGAGUUCCUCUGGAAGUACACUCGCAAGGCAGGUCGUCCAGAAUUCUCCCAGACAAGGCAUAGACGAUACUUCUGGGUCCACCCGUUCACCAGAACUUUGUACUGGAGCACCCAGAGCCCGCAGACUGCUAGCAAAGCCCAGUUGAUGGCCAAGAGCGUAGCCAUUGAAGCCGUCCGAGUUGUCACUGACGAUAACCCGUACCCUCCUGGCCUUCACCGCAAGAGUUUGGAGGUCGUUACUCCCGGUAGAACCAUGCGGUUCACUGCUGCCACCAGCCAACGCCACGAGACCUGGUUCAACGCACUUUCAUACCUCCUCUUACGCGCCAAUGAAGAAGAGGGGGAUUUUGUGCUACACAGCACACCAGAGGACGGCCCGAUUGACUUCAACCCUUCUCUAAACGGCAGGUCAUCCCGCAUGACUGACUAUUCCCGACGCUCUGCCGCUUCGCAUAGCAGCAGAGCAGCCCGAGGCGUGGGCCGCGGGUACGAUAUAACUCCCGGUCAUGAAUCGCCAUCUCUCUCCGUCCGACCACCUGAUUCUACUACGAAGGCUGAACAGGCCCGACAAGGCUCUGUCUCGAGACUAAGCAGCAUGUUCAAAACCUCCAAUAUGAUGGGAACUUUCUCUAGCCGUCGAAGUCGGUACGGUGGCAAGCGUGGAAGCGUGGACGAUACAAGCCAAGAAGAUAGUGCCGAAGAUCUAAGGCGUAUCUUAGAAAGGCAAGAAAGAGAGGCUGAUAAAAUAGAGAAUGUCCGCGCUUGUUGUGACGGCAAACAUGAUGUUGGCUCCCUUUCAAGAACCAGCCGCUUCGUCAACUCGAGGCUGAGCAAUCACUCGCAUUCCUAG